AUAGUUAUUAAGAAGAGGAAUCGCAGGUGGGUUAAUAAGAGUUUAAUAAUGAUGCAUAAAAUUGAGCAGUACAAGAAGUUGUUCUCCCAUUUUGACGAGAACGGAGACGGGAAGAUAUCUCCACAAGAGCUCCAGCUAUGUCUGGCCUUUAUGGGCGGCGAGUUAUCGGAGGAGGAAGCGGAAUCGGCAGUAGAAUCGAUGGAUUCAGAUGGGGAUGGAUUAUUGGAGGUAGAAGAUUUUGUUAGGUUAAUGGAUGGGGCGGGAAAUGAAGAGAAGGCCAAGGAACUGAAAGAAGCAUUCAGGAUGUAUGAAAUGGACGGGUCCGGUAGCAUUACGCCCAAGAGUUUAAAGCGAAUGCUGAAGAAGCUCGGUGAAUCGAUGAGCAUGGAUGAGUGUAAGAUGAUGAUCGCUACUUAUGAUAUAAACGGAGAUGGCGUUCUUAAUUUUGAGGAAUUCAAACUCAUGAUGGCAUGAGAUCACAAAUUAUUUCAUUUUUUACAAUGACUACUACACCUUUUGAUACACUUACAUUGAUUGAUUCUAUUCUAUUCGUUUGUAAUUAUGUAAUCAUUCGUUUAACCAAUUGUUCUGUUACUUCACAUAUAAUAAAGUUUUUUUUUUUUAUUGUU